AUGCAUGUAAUAAAAAAUAGUUUACAAAUUUCAGUAUCUACAAUUUCUCAAAAAUUUUGUAAAAAAGAAUCAUUUAAUCUUUGUGUUCGACCUGGUAUUGCUGAUCACCUAUCAUAUGAAGAACUUAAAGAAAUCUAUGACAAGCUUACAUUAGAAGAUAAACAUGUAGUAGAGACUAUAUAUUGGGAAUUAAUGAAAAAAGAAGACAGUAGAAUUGAUGGAUGGGAGUAUGGUAAGAUUAAUUUUUUCAAUAAUCUAAGAAUUACUGCACGUUCUUUACAUCGUGGAGGAUUUAUAGAAUUAGAGGAUAAAGAUAGUCUUAUUAAAAUUGAUUAUACAACCAAACUAUGUAGGACAAAUAAUAGUUCAAAAACUCAGUACUUUUCAUUAGGCGAAAAAUAUGGAAAUAAUUUAUCAAUUGGAUAUUGUGGAUAUGUUAAUGGAAUGGGUAAUACAAUUGGGUGGGCAGGUAGAGAUGCAUCCAUUAUAUCAGAUACAGUUUUGGAUGGUAUCGAUUUGCAUUGUGUAUAUUUACCGUCAUAUCAACAUUCACCUGACGGAUUUUCACCAUCAAAUGAUUUUAUAGGGUUUUCAAUGGAUGUUGCAAGACAUCUAUCUAUAAAUGGUGGUGAUUAUUCCAAAACAGCUUGCUUAAUAGCCCAACAAUGGAUAGAUUAUUUAACAGAUAACCCAGACAAAUAUUUUUUAACAAUUGCUGCAUCUGAUGGUGGUACAUUUACUUGCGCUGCUGUUAAAUUGAUGUGUCAGUAUUGUCCUCAUCUUUUAUCAAGGGUUUCAAUCAUUCUCUUAGCGCCAGGAUGUUUCUUGUUUCCUAAUGAGUAUAUCAAAUACGACCAAGUGAUGAAUUUUGUUAAAUUAGAAGACAAUUUAAUUACAAGGCUUGCUACAGGUUCGCAGUUUAUCGGUAAACAUCAAAAUAUAAUAAUAGUUCCGCAUAAUUCAACAAGUGACCAUCCACACAAUUUUUUAUCCUAUGAUUUUGCACAAAUUGUAAAACCAUAUGUAGAACAAUUUAAAAAAACUGGUAAAUUAAUAAAUGAUAAUAACAAUUUGUAA